AAUUCACCACCAGGUUCCAUGCGGACCGGAUAACUGGCCCUAGCGGGCCGGACCUGGCCCGGGGGCCAACGUUUGAGGAUCCCAGCUUUGGAGCGUUCCAGCAGACUACACUACCCAGCAUGCAGUGCGCUGUGAGAGAAGCAGGCUGAUAGACAGCAGGGUAUCUGCAGUCUGCAGAGGACUCGGUGCGGGACUGAACUCUGCAUAUAGGACUCCGUGCGUGAACACCGUGCGCAUGCACGUCGUAGGGGCAGAGCGGCUGACGUCAGGUCUCGGGCUGAUGAUCAAAGUGCAGACAGAUCAGACAGGAAACGGAUCAGCGCCAUCAUGGAUCGGUUCACGGGUCCUGGUCUGACUGCGGGAUCAGCUGCCGGUCUGACGCGGGUCCUGGUGGUCCUGACAGUCCUGGUUUGGUGUUCGGUCUCGGUCCGGUCCCAUCCUCAGUGUCUGGACUUCAAACCUCCUUUCAGACCGACGUCACAGCUCACGUUCUGCGUCAGGUACGCUCAGUUCGGCUGCUGUGACGUCGACAGAGACCAGCAGCUUAUGAACAGGUAUGACGUCAUCGUGGGUCAGUUCGACUACCAUGGAUUCGCCACCUGCGCGAGCUUUAUCCACGAACUGCUCUGCCAGGAAUGUUCUCCAUUUGCAGCUCAUCUUUUCGAUGCCGAGGAUCCGAGCACUCCAAUGAGAACCAUCCCUGGACUGUGUCCGGAUUACUGCUCCAUGUUGUGGAGUAAGUGUCGCUCCGUUCUCCCCCUGCUGUCUGACGACCCGGUGGUCUCUGGACUGAAAGACGAUGAGUUUCGCCUCUGUCCUUACCUGCAGCUGAGCGACGCCGACUACUGUUACCCCCACCUCCUCAGUAACCAUAGACUGACUCACAACCUGGGCCACGUCCAGUCCAACUCUGACGGCUGUCUGCAGCUCUGCCUGGAGGAGGUCGCCAACGGGCUGAGGAACCCGCUCGCCAUGGUGCACGCCAACGACGGCACGCAUCGCUUCUUUGUGGCUGAGCAGGUGGGCCUGGUGUGGACCUAUCUACCGGACCGGUCCAGACUGGAGAAACCGUUCCUGAACAUCACAAAGGCAGUGCUGACAUCAUCAUGGGAGGGAGAUGAGAGAGGAUUCCUGGGUCUCACCUUCCACCCAAACUACAAGUACAACGGAAAGCUAUAUGUGUACUACUCUGUGGAGGUCGGCUUCGAUGAACGGAUACGCAUAAGCGAGUUUCAUGUGUCCACCAGUGACAUGAACAUGGUGGAUCACACCUCUGAGCGGGUCAUCCUGGAGAUCGAUGAACCAGCCUCGAACCAUAAUGGUGGACAGCUGCUCUUCGCAGACGAUGGCUUCUUGUACAUUUUCACCGGAGACGGGGGUAUGGCCGGAGACCCAUUUGGAAAAUAUGGGAAUGCCCAGAACAAGUCAGCUCUGCUGGGUAAAGUUCUUCGUAUUGAUGUGGAUGACAAUGAAAGAGGUCCGCUGUAUAGAAUUCCUCCCAAUAACCCCUUCAUACAUGAGCGCGGAGCUCGCCCUGAGAUCUACGCCUACGGCGUCCGGAACAUGUGGAGGUGUUCUGUGGACCGGGGCGACCCGCUGACCAAAGAAGGCAAAGGUCGAAUCUUCUGUGGGGACGUGGGUCAGAACAAGUUUGAAGAGAUCGACAUCAUUGAGAAAGGACGAAAUUACGGCUGGAGAGCCAAAGAAGGCUUCUCCUGCUACGACAAGAAGCUGUGCGCCAACAGCUCGCUGGACGAUGUACUGCCGAUCUACGCAUACCCUCAUAAGAUGGGGAAGUCAGUGACAGGCGGAUAUGUGUAUCGAGGCUGCGAGUACCCCAACUUGAAUGGGAUGUACAUCUUUGGAGACUUCAUGAGUGGUCGUCUGAUGAGUCUACAGGAGGACGUGUUGUCGGGUCAGUGGCGGUAUAAUGAGAUCUGUAUGGGGCAGGGUCUCACCUGUAUGUUCCCUGGUCUCAUCAACAACUACCAGCAGUACAUCAUCUCGUUUGCUGAGGAUGAGGCGGGUGAGCUGUACUUCAUGUCUACCGGAAUCCCAAGCGCCACGUCACGCUCAGGAGUCGUUUACAAGAUCGUUGAUCCUUCAAGACGGGCGCCACCUCGCCACUGUCACUACGACCCUCAGCCAGUCAGAGUGAAGAGUAACCUCAUCAAGUUCGUCCCUCAGGAGAGUUUGAUUGGGGAGGAGCCUCCCAGCAGCCUCAGAACUGAGGCUCCGCCCACAGAGUCAUUUGAUUGGCUCCAGGAGCUCAUAGACCGUUUGGGGGAGUUGGGGUUGGACCACACCACAGUCCCACCCACCACCAGCACCCCCAAACCCUCCAGACACCCAAGGAGGAAGGGUCGGCGCAGGAAAGGGAAAUCCAGAGCAGAGAAUCGUCCGGAGAUCCGAGACGGAGCGGUUAGGCUGGUGGGGGACGAGGAGGGGCGGGGCGACCGGGGACGGGUGGAGGUGUUUGUGGGCGGGGAGUGGGGCACAGUGUGUGACGACCUUUGGAGCACCAACAACGCCGCGGUGGUCUGCAGACAGCUGGGCUUCAGAUUCGCUCUGAAAGCAGCCAAAAACUCUGAGUUUGGUGAGGGGCGGAACCUUCGGAUCCUUCUGGAUGACGUGCAGUGUGAGGGGAACGAAGCCACCCUGCUCGACUGCAAACACGCCGGCUUGGCCACGCACAACUGCGCCCACUAUGAAGACGCCGGAGUGAUCUGUGGAAACUCUGACUAUGUUAUUCAUGUAUGAACAACAAAAUUCAGCAAUAAUUAUCAAAACACAGUCUAAAAAACAAAUAUGAGCCAAUUCUGAUUUAAUGACAGGAAACAUGGAGUCUUAAAACAAAUAUGAGCCAAAUCUGAUUUAAUGACAGGAAACAUGGAGUCUUAAAACAAAUAUCAACCAAAUCUGAUUUAAUGACAGGAAACAUGGAGUCUUAAAACAAAUAUGAGCCAAUUCUGAUUUAAUGACAGGAAACAUGGAGUCUUAAAACAAAUAUCAACCAAAUCUGAUUUAAUGACAGGAAACAUGGAGUCUUAAAACAAAUAUCAACCAAAUCUGAUUUAAUGACAGGAAACAUGGAGUCUAAAAAACGGUUUGAAUGAAAUCCUGAUAAAAACGUGGUUGAAUGUUAACAUUCUGUUUUCAACAAAUUUAAACAGAAUAUUAAAAUGUGAAAUACUGAAAGUGUUGACCUGAUCAUAAGCAGAGAAAAACUGAGAUUGCUGAUAUUUUAAGAGACGGGUUAAUGUAAAUGUAAAUCCUUUAUGAAUGUAAUCCUUUUUAGUGUUGAUAUUAAGUGUUUUUAAUAGUUCAGACUGACUUGGAUGUUGAUUUUUUUUGCACUUUGCAUGAAGUCAGAAACAUGUUGACGUCAUAUUUGCUCACAUGAUGAAUGUUGAAUACUCACUGAUGAAUGUCUGAUGUUUUAUAAUCAUUUUUAUAAUUGUAAUAAAGAUUUUAUAUUUA